ACUAUGGCGGGGAACUGUAUUUGUGGUCUGCUGCUCCUCUUCUGGCAAACUUGCUGCGUGUGAAACUUUUCGCUUCAGUUUCAGACAUAUUUAUUAAGAAGAGAGGAAAUGAUGCAAGUCAAGCAGAAAGCGUCACGCAAGCCGGGUUGUCGAAGACACGCUGGUGCUGCUGCCUUAAUCUUUAGUCUGUUAAGAUAUACACACAAGGUGAACAGCUCAGUUGACAACCAUGUUGGACAACACCCUCAACACCACCUGCCUCACCAACACCACCUGCCUCACCAACACCACCUGCGUCGCCAACAUCACCGGCCUCACCAACACCACCUGCUUCACUGACAUGCCUUGCAAAGUGGAUCCACUUCAGGGUGUUGGGUACGGUCUUCUGUUUCUCCUGGGUUUCCUCGUCAAUGCUGCUGCUCUGCGUGCCUUCAUUGCUCAGCGGGACUCCUGGACAGACACCCAUGUCUACAUGUUCAACCUGGCUAUAGCUGAUUUUGCCCUCGUCCUCUUCAUUCCCUUUAGGGUCGUUGAUGCCUUCAUCUGCCUGCCAAAGACUUACUUGUGUACUUUCCUCAUAUUCACACAUUACAUCAACAUGUACGCCAGCAUAAUGACCACGACGGCCAUCAGUGUCCAGCGCUACCUGGCUAUAAGGUUCCCAAUACAGACCAGAUCAUGGAGGAAGAAGAAACAGACAGCUUUUGUUGUGUGUUUGGUCAUCUGGGGACUCCUUGUGAUGAUAUGUUCUAUAUUCCACAAGGACAACGCCCCUCACAAACUCUGGACUUGUUAUGAAAGAUGUAAAAAUCUCCCACUUAAACUUGAAUUUCUCUUACUGGUGGUGUUUGUGGGUUUCCUCGCUCCGCUGUUGAUCAUCGUGUUCUGUUCCAGUCAGAUCAUCAGUAUUCUGAAAAAGUUGGAUGAGAAGUCACUUAAAAGGAAAAGCACCAUCAGCAUAGUCACAGCAAACAUGAUCGUGUUCAUCGUCUGCUACACGCCGAUCCAUAUUAGCUUCCUUGUCAACUUUUACAACGAUGUGCCUUCUGAUUGGUGGUGUAAUCCGAUACCUGCACAUUUAUAUUUACUCUUUUCUGAAUGGAUCGCUUCCACUAACUGCUGCUUUGAUUCCAUCAGCUAUUACUUUUUAUUGACACGUUAUUAUUCGUAAGUCAGUGGGAGCACAAUAAAUUCCUCUGUCUUUAAAACACAGGAUUUGCGUGCCAUUAUUUUAGCCUACACAGCUUACAGCAAAAAAUAUUGGUUAAAAGGGAUAUUAUGUAACUUCAGCGAGCGGGUCAGAUCUCAGCGUUACACACAUGUUUACUUCAACAUACAAGUUCUCAACACCUAACACUGUUGUGAUGUCAUGAGUUUAUAGUUUAAAGUCAGCACCUACAUUACGUCUGCAGACUGUUGCGGACCUGGAGUUUGGAUUUGCGACAGCGGUGUCGCACUCAGAAACUGAGGAAAACUAAUGUAGAUGUACUUAAAACUAAACUAAAAGCUAAAACUGGGUGUGAAAGAUCAUUUGAUGUUGUGAAUUUCUGAACUUGAAACAUACAGGAAAUGUCUUUGUGUUUAAUUUUGUUAGGAGGCAUUAGUGUGUAUGUUUUUGAGACUGGGAUGUCUUGUCAACAUGACUUUGAGUCCAUUGCCCUCACAUGAAGUGCUGUUUAUGUGUAUUUAUAUUGUACAUAACCUCCUGAAUCUUACCCCUGACAAAUCCUCCAACGUUAUAAUAAAAAACUGAAAUGUAUUCUGACGCUAAUAAAAACAUUUUCAACAUGACUGAGACUGAACCUCUGGAAACUAACAAGACCUAAACUGAAAUGAAA